UGCAUUUCUUUCAUUAGAAACCAUUUUUCUUUAAUCUUUUUCAGCUAAACAAGAUCAAGAACUAAAAUGGGUUCUUUUAAAUUUUCCAUUUUGAGUCUUCUUUUCUCGAUCAUUUUCUUGUUCUUGGUUUCUGUCAAAGAAAGUGUUCAAAUCCCAUUUGCUAAAGAAAGAGUUUCUUUACUUUCUUUCAAGUCCGGUGUCGUGUCCGAUCCUCAAGGUGUUCUUGAAAGCUGGAACUCAUCAAAUCUUGAUAUAUGCAAAUGGUCUAGAGUCAAAUGCGACAAUGUGAGUAAUCAAAUAUUUCAACUUGAUCUUAGUGAUCUUUCACUAAGAGGAAGAAUUUCUCCAUCUUUAGCUAAUCUUUCUUCUUUGAAGAUUCUUGAUUUGUCAAAGAACUUCUUUGAGGGGAGUGUUCCGGCAGAGUUGGGGAAUCUUUCUCAACUGCAACAAUUAAGUUUGUCUUGGAAUCUUCUUCAAGGAAAGAUUCCUUACGAGUUGGGUUAUCUUACCCAGUUGGUUUAUCUCGAUUUGGCUAGUAAUAACUUUGUUGGUGAAAUUCCUUCACCAAUUUUCUGCAACGGGUCCUCUUCUUUAGAGUACAUAGACCUUUCUAAUAAUUCUUUAAGUGGUGAAAUACCCUUAAAGAACGGAUGUGAGCUUAAGGAAUUAAAAUUUCUUUUACUUUGGUCAAAUAAAUUAGUGGGUCAUGUUCCUUUAGCUCUUUCCAACUCUUCAAAGCUUAAGUGGAUUGAUUUGGAAUCUAAUAUGUUAAGUGGGGAAUUACCAUCACAAAUUGUUCAAAAAAUGCCUCAAUUACAAUUCCUUUACUUGUCCUACAAUAGUUUUGUCAGUCAUAAUAAUAACACCAAUCUUGAACCUUUUUUAACUUCUUUGGUUAAUUCCUCUAAUUUAACAGAACUUGAAUUAGCAGGAAAUAAUCUUGGUGGAAGGAUACCUCCUAUUAUUGGUAAUCUUUCUGCUCUUGUACAAAUUCAUUUAGAUGAAAACCUUCUUUUUGGUGCUAUACCUCCUCAAAUUUCAAAUCUUGUCAACCUCACCCUUUUAAAUUUGUCUAGUAACCUUUUGAAUGGUACUAUUCCUAGAGAAAUAUGUCGUUUAGGUAAGCUAGAAAGAGUUUAUUUAUCAAAUAAUUCACUUUUUGGUGAAAUUCCUUCAGCUCUUGGUAACAUUUCCCACUUAGGUCUUCUUGAUUUAUCCAAAAACGAACUUUCAGGAUCAAUUCCAGAUAGUUUUGCUAAUCUUUCACAAUUGCGACGUCUUUUUCUCUACGAGAAUCACCUUUCUGGAACUCUACCUCCAAGUUUAGGCAAAUGUAUAAAUUUAGAGAUUUUGGACCUUUCUCAUAAUCAAAUUUCUGGUUCAAUUCCUAAUGAAGUUGCAGCCCUCCGGAGUUUGAAAUUGUACUUGAAUUUGUCUAGCAACCAUUUACAAGGUCCAUUACCGUUAGAAUUAAGUAAAAUGGAUAUGGUCCUUGCAAUUGAUCUUUCUUCAAAUAAUUUUUCAAGUACUAUCCCUCCACAACUUGGAAGUUGCAUUGCAUUAGAGUACCUUAACCUUUCAAGCAAUACGUUAGAAGGUACUCUACCUUCUUCAAUAGGGCGAUUGCCCUAUCUUAAGCAAUUAGAUGUUUCUUUAAACCAAUUAGGUGGAGAAAUACCAGAGUCUUUACAAUCAUCACCAACCCUCAAGUAUCUCAACUUCUCAUUCAACAAGUUCGUUGGCAAUGUAUCUAAAAAUGGGGCAUUUUCUUCAUUGACGAUGGACUCCUUUCUUGGAAACAAAGGCAUCUGUGGAACAAUAAAAGGAAUGAAAAAAUGUCGAAAAAAAUAUUCUUUUCAUUCCUUUAUUUUGCCUGUCCUUCUUUCUUUAUUUGCUACUCCUUUUUUGUGUUUGUUUUUAGUAUUUAGAUCAAAAUUCAAAAGGAAAUUAGCAAUAUUCAAUCAAGGCAACUUAGACGAUGAAGAGAAAGAAUCAAAAGAGCUUAAAUAUCGGCGAAUCUCUUAUCAACAACUCAUUGAAGCUACCGGAGGUUUCAGUGCUUCAGCCCUAGUAGGUUCAGGCCGGUUCGGUAAUGUCUACAAGGGAGUUCUUGAGGACAAUACAAGAAUAGCUGUUAAAGUAUUGGAUUCAAAAACAGCUAAGGAAAUCUCAGGAAGCUUUAAAAGAGAAUGUCAAGUACUAAAAAGGGCAAGACACAGAAAUUUGAUAAGGAUUAUUACAAUAUGCAGCAAACCAGACUUUAAGGCACUCGUUCUUCCCUUAAUGUCAAAUGGGAGUCUAGAAAGGUAUCUAUAUCCAAGCCAUGGAUUGAGCGCUAAGUUGAAUUUGAUCCAAUUGGUAAGCAUUUGUAGCGAUGUAGCUGAAGGUAUUGCCUAUUUGCACCAUUACUCUCCUGUUAGAGUAGUGCAUUGCGACCUCAAGCCGAGCAAUAUUCUUCUCGAUGAUGACAUGACAGCUCUAGUAACAGAUUUCGGAAUUGCAAGAUUGCUUAAAGGCAUUGAUGAGAAUAACGCAACGUCUAAUGCGAAUGAUUCAGUGUCCUUCAGCUCUACUGAUGGCUUGCUGUGCGGAUCAGUUGGCUAUAUUGCUCCUGAAUAUGGAAUUGGGAGGCGAGUUUCGACACAAGGAGAUGUAUAUAGUUAUGGAAUUCUUUUGCUAGAAAUUAUAGUCGGAAAGCGUCCAACAGAUGUUCUUUUCCAGGAAGGUUCUAGCUUACAUGAAUGGGUAAAGAGUCAUUACCCUCGAAAGCUGGAGCCGAUUGUGGAAGAAGCAAUGGUUAGGUUUGCUCCAUUAGCCAUUUCUGGUUAUUGUAACAAAAUAUGGAGUGAAGUGAUUGUGGAGUUGAUUGAGCUUGGUCUUAUGUGUACACAAUAUAAUCCUUCAACUAGACCAACUAUGUUAGAUGUUGCCAAUGAAAUGGGUAGGCUAAAGCAGUUUCUUUCUAACCCUCCAUCUUUGCUCAUUCAAGAAGCAUCUCCUAAUAAAUUUGGUGCUUCAUGACAUUUUGUUAACAUCUUUAUCAUUUUAUUCAUUUGUUUCAUUGAUUUUGA